AGGACCAGACAUGGACGCCCGGAAUCUCUCCAAGUUGAAGAAGCAACUUGCAAAGGAGAACAAAAAGAAGGACCCCUCGGUGCAACAGAGGGGGUUGGACGAGAUCUUCCCGAGGGCGGGUACAAAUGACGGGGCCAAGGAGAGCGUGCCCAAUGAGAAAGCUGUCACCGGCGACGACGCUGGUUCCAACGCCGAGGGCUCCCCUGCUGAGGCGUUGAAAAGGAAACGGGCCGGGAAGGCCGUGGUGCCCCCGGAGGGGAAGAAGCAGAAAAAGGGGGGCCCCGAGCCGAAAGAGGCCCUGGUUGUUAUUGUGGAGGAGCGUUCCUCCUCCGAGCCUCCGACCCAAGCCCCCGGACUGGCAUGGCCCCAAGAUAAUGUGCAGUUCUCCCUUACUAAGGGGACUGCCAUUAUGCACGCAACAUUGAACCCGAGGGAGUUCUUGAGGGGGGCCACCCCCCGACGGAUAAAUCUGUGCUCUCUCGGCAAACCGAUGACGCCCUCUGUUCCAAGAUCCUUCAGGCUUCGGUUACUGCAAGCCUCGACCUCGGUGAGCUCAUCCAGCGGAUGGAACGCUAUGCCCUUCAGAAGCAGAAGGAUGACGAGUCCUUGGCUGUGGUCCAAAGGCGGCUCCGGGAGGCAGAGGAGGCUUCCAGGGUCGAGAGGGCGGCCUUCGAGAAACUCCUUGAGAAUGCCAAGGUGCUGGCAAAAGCCGAGGGGAGGGCUGAAGCUGAGAAGGCAGCCGCUGAGGCCGCCAAGAAGGCUGCUGAAGACGCCGAGAUCGCCAAGAAGGAGGCGGUGGGGGAAGCGGUGGCAGCCUUCGUCGCCGAGGGAUGGAAAGCCGAGGCCCAGAAAGCGUGGGUGGCUGCGGUUGUUGAGGCCUCCGUGGAGGAAUGGGUAAGGGGCCCCGGGGCAAUGUGGCUGGCCCAGAAGGGGAAAGAAUACAAUGAUGGGGGUGAGUACUUCACUCAAUCCCUCAUCUACCGGAGGCUGGCCAGGCACCUGGGAGCGGACCCGUCAGCAUUUGACCCCGCGGCUUACGGGCUCCCCCCUCUUCAGCCAGACACAAGAGUUCCCCUCCCCGAGGGUACUAGCAGGCCAGAUCUCGAGGACACCGUCCUGAUGGCGGAGUGUAGUGAUGAGGAAGAGGAUGCUGCGGGGGAUGCUACAUCGAAGCCUGCCGACGGAGGCGAUGCUGCUGCAACUGAUGAUGUUGUCAUUAUGUAGUACUUAGAAAAUUCUGAACAAUCUUGUUGUAACAAAUAUUUGUAUGCUCUCGGCUUCAGCCAUUUGUAAUAUACAUUUUAACUUCUUCCUUUGUAUGAAU